AUGGAAGAUAUAUACAAAGAUUGGGAUAAAGAGAAUCAAGAUACUCGUUUCGGAAAGGAUCAAAGUUCAAAAAGAACACCCAAAAAAGAUAGAAGAAUCGAUAAUUUAUAUCAUGACCAUUUCGAUGAACAAUUAUAUAAAAAUGAACCAUUAAACAACAACAUCAACAACAACAAAGAUAUUGACUUCAACAACAAUGAAAUAGAUUACAGUAAAAUUAAAAAUCAAAUUACUCCAGGUGCUUCAUUCUUGGAUUAUUCAAAUACUAUUUAA